GGCAAGAAAGUAGAAAGAAAAGAGACAAAAGUGUCCGAAGUCCGAAGACAUACUCUUCCCUCUCUCUCCGUCUCUCUGUUACUCUUCUUAUUCUCCACCGACAUAGAGCUAAGUAUUGGAGAUCUUGAGCUUCCCAAAGCCAUUGCAGCUCCAGUUCCUGUUAAAGUCGGAGUUUUUAUACAGAGAUUCAAGCCUGUCAGUAGGAAAAAGUAUGGUUGAGUCUCCAUUUUGGAUGGAGCAAACCCUACCACACAUCUUGUUCAGAUCCUGAGGUCAAUCUGGCAACCGAUUCCUGUUUGAGUUUGGGGUUUCCGAUCUGAUAGAGAAAGGUAGAAACCAGAAGAAGAAGAAGUAGAAGAUCUUGGAAAGAGAAACAAAAUGCUGGAGCGUUGCCUUGGAGCUCGUCGUGUUCGACAAAUCCAGAGAGCUCUUCGGCAUGGUAAGAUCACGCUUCUCUGUCUAUUCAUGACCGUUAUUAUGCUUCGCAGCUACAUAGGGGCUGGAAAAUUCGGCACUCCUGAACAGGAUUUUGAGGAGAUAAGGGAUCAUCUUUACUUCCGCAAAAGGGCUGAGCCUCAUCGUGUUCUUGUAGAAGCGCAGACUACGACGGCAGAUACUACGGAAAAUAACAAUUACGGAACCUUUGAUCCGUCCAAGAUAGCGGUUGACGAGGAAGGAGACGACGAGAAGCCAGAUCCUAACAAACCCUAUACUCUUGGCCCUAAGAUUUCUGAUUGGAACGAGCAGCGAGCGAAAUGGCUUACAGAGAACCCUGGUUUCCCCAAUUUCAUUGCUCCUAACAAGCCUAGGGUUCUGCUCGUUACAGGGUCCUCGCCGAAACCGUGUGAGAAUCCAGUCGGUGAUCAUUACCUCUUGAAGUCGAUCAAGAACAAGAUUGAUUACUGCCGUCUCCACGCAAUCGAGAUCUUUUACAAUAUGGCGCUUCUUGAUGCUGAGAUGGCGGGUUUCUGGGCGAAGCUUCCCUUGAUUCGUAAGCUCUUGUUGUCUCAUCCGGAGAUAGAAUUCCUUUGGUGGAUGGAUAGUGAUGCCAUGUUCACCGAUAUGGCUUUUGAAAUUCCAUGGGAACGAUACAAAGAUCAUAACUUUGUGAUGCACGGCUGGAAUGAGAUGGUAUACGAUGAAAAGAAUUGGAUUGGGCUGAAUACGGGGAGUUUCCUUCUGAGGAACUGUCAAUGGUCGCUCGACAUGCUUGAUGCUUGGGCUCCCAUGGGGCCGAAAGGGAAGAUCAGAGACGAUGCUGGAAAGAUCCUCACAAGGGAGCUCAAGGGCCGGCCAGUUUUCGAAGCUGACGAUCAGUCUGCCAUGGUUUACCUCCUCGCCACGCAGAGAGAUCAGUGGGGCGACAAGGUCUAUCUCGAGAGUGCUUAUUACCUACAUGGGUACUGGGGAAUCCUGGUCGAUAACUACGAGGAGUAUAUGGAGAAGUAUCACCCAGGCCUGGGCGACCACCGAUGGCCUCUGGUUACUCACUUUGUGGGUUGCAAACCAUGUGGGAAAUUUGGGGAUUACUCUGUGGAGAGGUGCUUGAAGCAGAUGGAUCGAGCGUUUAAUUUUGGGGACAAUCAGAUUCUGCAAAUUUAUGGGUUCACCCACAAAUCUCUUGGUAGCCGGAGAGUGAAGAGGACCCGGAACGAAACAAGCAAUCCUUUAGAGGUCAAAGAUGAACUUGGUUUGCUUCAUCCCUCGUUCAAAGCUGUCAAGGUAUCCUCCUCUUCCUGAGUCUUAAUGGGUUCUUACCAGUGACCAUCCAUGGCGAGUUCUAUCUCCAUCUCCAGAUUAAGAAUGCGAAGGUGUUCUGCUGCUUUUGAACUCCAGAUUAAAGACUGGAGAGUUAGAGAUCAUCCUCUUUCAAGCCCCAUUGUGUUCGUUGUUAAGAAAAAUUGUAAUAAGCUUCUUUAUACAUUCAUAUCUUGUAUGAUGUUGCUAGUUUCUUUGCAAGUUAGUCUUGGAGAUUAAUUCUAUUUUGAACAAAUUUUCCUUC